CCGAUCUGCAGGAUUCAGAUAUACAUAUGGCGAGGUUCAAUCCACGUUCACAUACAGCAACAAGACAUUUAGCAACUAUACGUUAUCGCGGCUUUUGUGUACAAGAUAUGAAGAAACAAUAACUGAGUGUAGUUCUAAUAACUGGAUGACUGGUUCGUGUAUUUAUUCGGCUCCCCUUGAAGUUGAGUGCCUGACCCGGACAUCACUUCAAGCGGGUGUUAACAAAUAUUUUGGUUGGGCUCGACUUGAGUUUCAAGAUCCGUACGGAACUAAGUAUGGGACCAUUUGUGGAUCUGGAUUUUCUGCCAAAGAAGCUGACGUCAUAUGUAAUAUAGUUGGUGCCCCGACAAACGGAAAUGCAACUAUCUACCCAAACAACAAAUUUGGAAGUCCCUCGUACAGCUUUGUUAUUGAACAACUGAACUGUUCUGGAAAAGAAAACGAUCUUCAAGAAUGUCAGUCCAAGCCUUGGUCUGAGACGUCGCAUAUGUGCACAUCCAGUAACAAGGCUGUGGCGAUUAACUGCAGACCAAACACGCCGAUCAGAUUACGAGGGAACGAUCCCAAUAAGGGAAUGGUUGAAGUCUUUUUCGACGGCGCGUGGUAUCUGAUGUGCGCGUACACAUUCAGCUUCCGGGAAGCUGCCGUCGUUUGUAAUAAACUUGGAUAUAAAAUCGGGACACCUGAUAUUCGUUCUGGAUUUAGUGAAAAUGCUCUCAUAUAUGAUAUGAACUGCCAAGGGAACGAGACGGACAUUUCUCAGUGCCAGUUUCAACGCCAAACUGGGUACACCUAUCCGUGGACUCCUCAAGACUGUUGGUAUCAUGGUGCAACAUACCGAUAUAAUCGUGCAGGCGUUAUAUGUAGCAAUAACCGUGUAAGACUCAUCAGCAACGUCAACAACUACCAGGGACGAGUGGAGUUCCAGUACUUCGGUGUUUGGGGAACUGUGUGCAACAAACACUUUGAUCAAGGGGAUGCGCGAGUCGUUUGCAGACUUGCUGGGAUCGAUAGUGCAGGAAACUUCACGAUUUACACAAAUGUUUCCAAGUUUGGACAAGGGUCAGGUACCCUGAUUGUAGAAGACCUUCACUGCAACGGAACUGAAUCAGAUAUCGACGAAUGUGCCUCGUAUCCGUGGAAGGCAAAUUCUGCACACACCCCAUGCAAUUCGCAUUCCUUAGAUGUCGGAGUUAACUGUAGACCUGUUACUCCAAUGCGCCUAGUAGGUGGAACCAACUAUUCUGGAAGAGUUGAAAUUGAAUAUGAAGGCGUUUGGGGCACAAUCUGUGACAGAGGUUUCGAUAUAAAUGAUGCGAAAGUCAUUUGCAGAAUGAAAGGAUUCAAUACUGAGAGUAUUGAAAUACGUUUAAACGGAUUUUACGGAAACGGGAAUGGCAGAAUAUUUAUUUCGGAUCUCUUAUGUACUGGCGAUGAACCAGACAUUUCCGAAUGUAACGUGGGUCUUCGAUGGAAAAAUACAAAUACCCUUUGCACUAACACCAACGACGUAGCCGUCCAAUGCAACACACCCGUACGAGUACGAGAUGGUCUAACAUUCUAUUCCGGAAUCGCCGAGGUUUAUAUCUUUGGUGGAUGGCGACGAAUAUGUAAAGACAAUUUUACCAUACAAGAUGCACUUACACUGUGUACUCUGGCCGGGAAAAGAGAUAAUUAUAAUGGGAACGUGACGAUUCAUAACCAGGAUUUCGUCAACAUGCCGUUUGAAUAUACGCCUAUUGGAGAUUUUGGAUGCAACAGCAAUGAAGAGGAUCUUUAUGAAUGCGGUUCGGGUCAGUGGGUGAAGUCAUCAACGGCGUGCCCUAGCGGAGAAAACGUUGCUCUAAAUUGUCGUGCUCAAACACCGGUUCGAUUGAUGGAAGGGCUACAAGAAGCAGCAGACAUAGUGCAAAAACCGAUAAAAGGAAGAGUUGAAGUGCAGUACAGACGAUACGACCAAGAGCUGCAAAAGUAUCGCGAUGACCACUGGGGGACAAUAUGUGAUGAUAAGUUUGGUGAUGACGAUGCAUUGGUUCUUUGUUCUAUGAUGGGAUACUCUGUUGGGAAGGUAUAUCGACCACACGAAGCUUACGCUUUGUUUGGAAAUGAAACAAUAAUCCUGGACGACUUGCAAUGUCUCGGAGUUGAAGAAGAUGUGUCCGAGUGCAAAGCACGAGAGUGGGGUACCCAUGACUGCUUACAUGACGAAAACGUUGCAAUUUACUGCAACUACCAGGAAAAUAUUGAUCCGUGUGACAAAGAAAACUACAAGAGGCUUCCAAAUUUAGAACUGCGAUUAGUAAAUAACAAAACAACUUCCCAACCUAUAAACGAUAACAAAUUGUCGCUAAACUGGUACUUUGUUGGAAACAACACGUUGCCUGACAAAGAACCGCCUUUUAACCGAUGUGCUACUGUGUUUCCGGUGUACAGCACGGAUCCGAUUCCUGUGCUUGGUGCUGGGGUUAAAUCACUGAAAGCUGAACAAACUGGAAAUUCAAGUAUCACUUACGAUAUCCAAGCCAAGAAUUGCGGGAGUUACUUUGUGUACAGAUUAGGGCCAACAAAAACGAAGGACAGCGGUUAUUGCUUUGGUAUAGGCUCAGAAAUACCCCCACCAGCGUUUGUUGCCAGGAGCGUUAUCACGGUGCUUGAAAAUAAUAGUAACUCGGUUUGGUUCAGAUGCAAAUUCGACACAGAUGCAGAACACAAUCUAACUUAUCAAGUUCAAUGGCAUGUUUCCGGAAAUUCAGAGCAUAUUUUAACAAAACAGUACUGUCAAAACACAAACAUGCAGCCUUGCUUUCUUCCUGAGAAAGAAUUUGCUGAUAUGCAUGUUGGCAUGGGAACGAACGUUUCAUGCGCUGUUCGUGCGUUCAAUGAAGAGGGUGGGCAACCAGGGCAGUUAUCGGUGUUCUCGGAAACAUAUUUUGUGGGUAUCAAGCUCCUAACACCGUACGUCUCCUUUCGAAGAGGUGAAAUAAAGUCAAUUGAAUUACAGUUCACCGUUCCGAUUUUCUGA